GUCGUCUACGGACUUUUUUUUUCGCUAUCACUGUCUUAAUUUUCUAGAGAUUUUCAUUGUUGGGAGUCGUUGUGAACAGGACGUGCAUUGUCGCGUUGGGGGAGGAUUCGCAAUUGCUUGGUUCGGGAGGAGCCUGCAGGAUGGGAUAUUCGCGAAUCAAAGUGGAUUUUCGGGCGUUUCUGUUGGAAUAUUGGUGAAACGAGUGAAAUUUACUGAAUAAUUUACGUGCGAUUGUGAGUGUGUGUGUGUCGGUGAAGUGUGUCUGGUGCAUCUCAUCUGGUCAGAUCCAGUCAGAAAUUCUUUCUUCUCGUGUGUCUUGUUCUCGUGCGGAGUUCAUCGAGAGGAUUCGUCAGGCAGGCCGUUACUCCUGGGUUUAUGCAACCCACCAACCUACACAUAGAAAGAAUCCUUCUUGAGGAUGUAUUGGUGUUCCAGAUGCUCCUGUUUUGUUGAUAGUGGGUGAUGUGUGAUGAUGCAUAACAACCAGUUGUGGGGUGUUUGUCUAGAAGAGUGUACGGUGAAGUCCUGCGGGAUAAAAAAGGAUAUCCGCUCCUGACACUGUCAGGAAUCCCGACCUUUCUUCGCGAAGAAGAGUAAUGAGGAUGCUGCAGUGGUCCAGCCGGUGAAACGAAAAGUGAAAAGGCCCUGAAUCUGGCCCCUGGCCAGACGACCAGAAGGGCAACCUAGCUAUACCAGCUUUCACAUGUCGUUACGAAAGUGAUCAAUCAGAAAAGUGGUGAUAAUUAAAAAACCAACGCAGAAGAAGAGUAUCAGUGGACACGAUGACAGAAAGAAAGUUUACCCGAGGGUUGAACAAGCCCGGGAUGGCCGCCCAGCUGAGGGAGAACAUCUCGCAGGUUGUACGUGAAUCUGCUUCACUUAGCAAACCUGUCCUGGUGGAGCCGAUCGACUUCGAAGGAUUCAUCGCGAAAAACAAAACCCUCAUCCAGAACGAUCCGCAGCGCGAGCUGCUGCUGUACCCGAGCGACGACGUGACGGAAGUGACGCUGCCGAAAAAGUUCCGCACCGUUACGAGUAACAUUCCGAGCUUUUUCGCUCUCCCAAGUGUCCCCAGUUCACCCAGCAAUGGCGCGGCCAACGGGAACAACCACCCGUCUUCUCCACAAACUGCGGGGAAAGCCGCAACUCCUCCCGGCGGGGGAAACCUGCAAGGUCACCUGCUGACCCGCCAGGCCUUGCACACCUACGAAUCCGCCAACCAUCUGAUACACUACAAAUACAGCGCUUACGGAGGAACUUGCCUCGAUCUGCCACGAAUAUCCCCCGCAAACGAGCUCAAGGAGGAGCUGUACGAAAUCGACACCGACCAUGAGGUGAUCUCCGAGCAGAUGAGCCGCUCCCAGGCGGACACAAUCACCAAGCAGGGCUACCUCCUCAAAGGCCCGGACACCAACUCGGACCGCAUGUUCGCCCACAUCGGCUCAAAGUCGUUCAAACGGAGGUACUGCUACCUGCGGCAGGAAAUCGACGGCACGUACAUCCUGCAGCUGCACAAGGACGAAAAGCAACCGGAAGCGAAGACCACGAUCGUGAUGGACUUUUGCACCGAGGUCGUUACGAAUCCGAAAAAGGGCCGCCACUGCUUCGAGCUGCGGAUGAACGCCGGCCAGCACAAAUCGGUCACGUUGGCCGCCGACGACGAGGCCGAAAUGGACGACUGGGUGCGCAAGAUUUCCUCCGUAAUAGCCCAGAACAAGCUGCAGGAGGACAAACGAGCGGCAUCGCUUGAGCGAACGGCCGCGCCACCACCCCCGGCCAGUCCCUGCUCGGCCAUGAUGUACGGAACGUUGAAGGGCCUGGAGCAGAGCAUGAACCCGCAGCUGAUGAAGUACGGUCGUGAAACGGAUAUGUCUAUUGGGCAGGCACGGAAGGAGAACCGCCGACGGUUGUUUGGAGCGUAUCAGUUGCAGCACUUUCCGGCCGGGUCCAAAGUGGCCACCGCCAGCAGCAUAGGAGGGAAGGUGGACGGGGUCGAGCCGUACCGGGAACAGUUUGGCCAGCGGAUUCUGGUGCGCUGUGAUUCGCUCAAGUUUCGGCUGCAGGCACCGAUUGAGGGUGCGGCGGCAACGGCGAAUGGAGGUCAAACGACCGCCAAUGGAGACAGUGAACCGGCGCUGUGUCAGCUCGAACCCUACCUCACCUCGGUGGCCCUGUACGACGCCAAAGCGAACCGAAAGCUCACCGAGAGUUUCUACUUCGACCUGAACAAGGAGCACGUACGGGACAUGCUGACCGCGAGCUGUGACUCCGCCAAGCCACAGUGCACCUCACCCAAACCGACGACCAAAGCUCACGGCCAGCAAAACGGUAAUGGUACGCUGGCCCGGCACGGCAAGACCCGUUGCGACGGUGCCGAGUUGUGUCCGGAGCUGAGCCGGGAGUGGCUUGCGAAGGCUAGAAACGCGAUAUUCAGCGUCACGACGCCACAUUCGGACAUUUUCGUGGUGGUGAAGAUCGAUAAGAUCCUACAGGGGGCGAUCAAUCCGGCGGCGGAACCGUACUUGAAGGCAACGAAGGACAUUAAGAUACUGACGAAGCUGCAGAAGACGGUUCGGCAGUACGCGGCAAAGUGCGGCCACUACCGGAUGCCGUUCGCGUGGGCUGCCAGGCCUCUGUUUCGGCUGUACAGCCACGAUCUGGACACGUCGUUUGACUUUCCGGCGAUUUAUCGGCAGGAGGGAGCGCGGUUAAAGGACGAGGAGUUGCUGAAGCUGCUGGCGGAGUACAGAAAACCGGACAAGUUUAGCAAGCUGACCGUGCUGCCGGGGUCGCUGAAGAUCUACAUCGAGGCGCUGAACGAGCUUCCACCAAAUUGUCUAACAACCACCCUGGCCCCGUUGAAACCGUUCCCAUUGCCUCCGACCGCCCCGGGUCCCACCCUGGAGAUGAGCGAGUUCCUCAGCACCUCCGAGCAGCACCUGCAUCCGUACGCUACCUUCGUUCACCACAUGUACGUUUACCCGUUGCACUUGAACUACGACAGCCAGAAGAUCUUCUCCCGAGCUCGUAACAUUGCCGUAAUUGUAGAACUGCGCGACUCGGACACGGCCGACGCCAAAUCCGUUGAGUGCAUCUACGGCCGCCCGGGCCAGGAAACGCUAGUCUCCCAGCAGUCCUGUCCGGUGCUGCACCACAGCACCGCCCCCACCUGGUACGAGGAGAUCAAGCUGCGGCUGCCGCUGCGCAUCACGGCCCAGCACCAUCUGCUGUUUUCGUUCUUCCACGUGUCGUGUAACAUUGCCAAAAAGAAGGACCUGGCGUCGGGGACCAGCGCCGAGACGCCCGUCGGGUACGCCUGGCUGCCGCUGCUCGCCAAAGGAAAGAUGAACAUCGAGGAGCAGUGCCUAGCGGUGGCGGCAUCGCUGCCGGUGGGCUAUCUGUCGAUACAGCCGCUGGGACUGGGCAAGGGGCAGAACUCCGGGCCGGACAUUCAGUGGAUCGACAACCAGCGACCGAUCUUCACGGUCGGCUUCCGGCUCGACUCCACGGUCAUCACGACCGAUCAGCACCUGCACAAUCUGUUUGUGCACGCGGAACGGUUGCUCGAGCAGCCCAAAACCGCCGCCCAGCCGGCCGAGUCGGAAACGUGCAAGAUCUUGAAGGCUGCCCACGCGAUUCACAUCAGCUCGUUGAUAUCGUUUCUGCCGACCAUUCUGAAUCAGCUCUUUACGCUGCUGGUCGCGACGAGCAGUGAGGAAAUUGGGCUGAACAUCAUACGGUUACUCGUGAACGUGUUUCACAUGCUGGCUGAGGAAGCGAAGCGGAAGGAGCUUCUUACUUCUUACGUGCGUUAUGUUUUUCGUAUUGAGGGAUUUCCCGUGAACGGAUGUUCGCCGACCUCGCAGCAGGUCGCUACGGUUCACGGAGAGCUGUGUCGUCAUUUGCCAACGCUGCUGCAUCCGAACAAUACCGAUUUCUUGCUGGUGAACAAGUUUAUGAAGUUUUCCGGGAUAUUCUUUGACAUCAUCAUCAAGAGCAUGGGACAGUUCUUGCUGUCUACCGGACGAAUCAAGAUGCAGCGUAAUGAGCGGUUUCCCAAAGAGUACUCGACACGCAUUGAGUCGCUCUUCCACGUGUUGAUACCUUACCUCAACUCGCGCCACAAGGAUCUCCCGAUGGAGACGGAACAGCUGAACCAAAGCUUGGCCGUGUUUGUGAAACGCUGCCUCUCCUUCAUGGACCGGGGCUUCGUGUUUCGGUUGAUGCGCAUCUACAUGGACCGGUGGGGACCGGGAGAUUCCCGCAUCCUUCAGGAGUACAAGUUUGCGUUUAUCCGGGAAAUCUGCUCCCACGAACACUACAUUCCACUGAACUUGCCAUUCCUGUUGAGCCCGAACAAUCGACCGCCGGACUUGCUGCAGCAGUUUUGUCUGUCGGAAGAUUUCUGUAGACAGCACUUCCUGGCGGGAUUGCUGCUGCAGGACGUCAAGAGUUCCCUCAAUGAAAUUAGUCACAUUAGGAAGCUUGGGCUGACGAUCCUGAAGGACUUGCUCGCGAAGCACGACUUGGACGAUCGUUAUCAGAACAAAGGUCAGCUUAGCCGAAUAGCGCUGCUGUACGUUCCCUGGUUGGGAAUCGUCCUGGAGAACAUCAACCGCAUCUCAGAUGGUCUGGAGAAAAAGAAGCACGACUCCGUCGGCACAAACCGAAUCUCCUGCAGCAGUAGUUACGUGUUCGCCCGGGAAUCAACAACGACGGUCAUCCCAUCCACGGUCACAUCCCAAACCAGCACCCCAAAGUCACGCAGCAAUAGAGUUACGCUCCACUUAGACUACCCGAGUCCGAUACGCUCCUCCCUUCACCUCAAAGACACCAGCUUCCUGUCCGCGAUCGCCGGUCAAACAUCGCUCUCCAACGGUCACUCGACCACAUCGCUCAACUCCGACUGCUCGACGCUGUCCCACGACGGGACGGUGGUAAUACGGCACAGCGAAACGAACGGCACAUCCGGCGGCCGACCUAGUCACGCUCGCUCGAUCAGCGUAACGCAACCGACGAUGAUCCAGCGCACGGACAAGUUCACCCCGGCCGAGACCAAAGACAUGCUGAUCAGCUUCCUGUUUGUGGUGAAGCACCUGUCGCCGGACCACAUGCUCGCCUGGUGGCACAACUGUACCGAGAGUGAAACGGUGCAGUUCUUCACGGUGCUGGAUCUGAGCCUGCUGUACUUCCGGUAUGUCGGCAAGAAGAACAUCCAGGUGCAGGGCGAGAUUGGGAACGACGCAAAGUCCAGCAAAUCAGCGAAGGCAAGUACGCUUCCGGCGAGGAUGAUGCCACCGAACAGUGAGUCCGCGAACUCGUUCGAUUCCGGUACGCUGAAUCAUCCCCAGACUCGGGAGAAUCUCGUGGAGGAAACGGUGCGGCUGCAUCGAGCGCUGUGCGAGUCGAAUCUCGCGACGGAAAUCGGUUUGACAAUUCUGGACUGCUUGGGUCUCUACUCGAUCCAGUUCCGGGAUUCGAUGCAGGACAGUUCGGUGCUGCCGAAGGUAGCUCGAGUCUACCUGCGAUUCUUACAACUCGGUCAAUCCGAGUCCCUCUCCAAGCACGUGUUCGCCGCUCUCCGAGCGUUCAUCAACAACUUUUCGCACGCCCUGUUCAAGGGCAACGCCAUCCUUUGCGGCCAGCUGGUCUACGAACUGCUCAAGUGCUGUGAUAGCCGAUUGUCUAGUCUGCGGCAGGAGGCCUGCGCCGUGCUGUACCUCCUCAUGCGCUCCAACUUUGAGUUCAGCGGCCGAAAGGGCCUCACCCGCGUUCAUCUCCAGGUCAUCAUCUCCGUGUCCCAAAUGAUCGGUAACGUAAUCGGCCUCAACAACGCCCGCUUCCAGGAGUCGCUCUCGAUCAUCAACAGUUACGCUACAAGCGACAAGGCGAUGAAGGGAAGCGGGUUCCCGAUGGAGGUCAAAGACCUCACGCGGCGCGUCCGCACCGUACUCAUGGCUACCGCCCAAAUGCAAGCCCACCACAUGGACCCGGAACGCCUGCUAGAACUUCAACACUCCCUAGCCAACUCGUACGCCUCCACCCCGGAACUCCGCCACACGUGGCUCGUAACGAUGGCGCGCAACCAUGAACAAAACGGAAACAUUUCGGAAGCUGCCUGCUGUUACCUCCACAUCGCAGCCCUAAUCUCCGAGUACCUGCGACUCAAAGGUUGCUGCUCGGUGGCGUACGGCGCCGAGUCGUUUGCCAAGAUAUCGCGCAACAUCCCGCGGGACGAGCGCGGUCUCAAGCUGGACAGUGGAGCGCAGGACUCGCAGUACACGGAGCAGUUGCUGCUGGAUCAGCUGAAGGAGUGUGCCGCGUACCUGGACCAGGCUGAGCGGCUCGAGUGUUUGGGCGAGCUGUACCGGUUGAUUGUGCCGAUACUGGAAGGGCGGAGGGACUAUCCGGGGUUGGCGCAGUGUUAUCAACAUUUGACGCAGGCGUACAACCGGGUGAUUGAGUUCAACAAGACUGGGAAACGACUGCUGGGGCGGUUCUUCCGGGUUAUCUACUAUGGACAGGCUUACUUCGAAGACGAAAACGGCGUCGAGUACGUGUACAAGGAACCGAAGGUGACCUCGCUGAGCGAGAUCUCCGAGCGGCUAGCCAAACAGUACCGGGACAAGUUCGGCAGCGAUCACGUCAAGAUGAUUAUGGACUCCUCGCCGGUUGACGCUUCAACUCUCGACCCCAAGCUGGCCUACAUCCAGGUGACGCACGUGACGCCCUACUUUUGCAAGGACGAGCUGGAGAUCCGGCAGACCGAGUUCGAGCAGAACCACGACGUGGACACGUUCAUGUUCGAGACGCCGUUCACGCCGAAUGGGGGUGCGCGCGGCUCGGUUGAGGACCAGUGGAAGCGGCGGACCGUGUUGACCACUCAAUACAGCUUCCCGUACGUGCUGAAGCGCAUUCCGGUAAAGGACCGGCAGUCGUUCGAGCUGAGUCCGAUCGAAGUCGCGAUCGACGAGAUGCAGGCCAAGAUGGGCGAACUGGAGGAGGUCGUCCUAGGGCCGAUCGAUGCCAAGAAGCUGCAGCUCAGGCUGCAAGGUUGCGUGGCCGUUACGGUCAACGCAGGACCGCUGGCGUACGCGUCGGCGUUUUUAGAUCCGAAAAAUGGCGCCAAAUACCCCGCCGACAAGGUCGAGGAUUUGAAGGAUGUAUUCCGUGACUUUGUGCGCAUUUGCUACACCGCGCUGCAGAUCAACGCGAACGUCAUCUGCUCGGACCAGCGCGAGUACCACAACGCGCUGCACGAGAACUACGAGGCCCUGUGCUCGGCGCUCAGCGAUCUGCUGGGCGAGUUUGUGUACCCGCUGGACGACAGCAACAACAACGCUCACCGCCAUAGUCUUGCCUUGUUCUCCGCCAUCAGUGGCGCGCCGAACAACUCCAGCACCGCUUAGGGAGUAGGGGGCUCAGGAAUUUAGGCAAAACGACGCACAACUAGCUAGAAUUUGGGGAAAUUUACACACAGCAUAGCAAAAUUUUCAAAGAUGUUAGAAAGAAAAAUACGGCUUCCAAAUCGUUUGCACACAAUCUUCUCACUUGGUUUCUCAGACUCGCGUGGCUUCCUCAAAGCCCCACUCUGUAUUUAUACUCUGUACGAUAUCUUAACCUAUCGCAAUUGAGAUGAGUGUUCUUGUUACAGCGCAAAACGCACAUUUUCUAGGUGUUAAAUCGUGAGUAGGAAAAAAACAAACCUAACGCAAAAUUGUAACUUUAAUCGAUUGUAGAUCAAAAAUAAAAAUCAUACUUCAAGCGGAAUUUUUGAGCUUGGUUCGGUCGCCAACGCGAUCGAACCUUGCAGGAGAAAAUUUCUCAAAUUGGAACUUACCUCGCAUAACUUAGUUUCAGUUUUACCCGGUCCUGGUGGGAACCAAACGCCCAAAUGGACGUGUUGAACGUGUGUGUAAUUUUUCCGCUCUGGAGCAAGCUUUUAUCUUUUCUUCUGUUUUUCCGCAGAAAAUGUUUCUGCUUUUAGUUUUUUACUCACAAUUGAAAAAGAGCAAUUUUUUUUUAGACAUCGAUAAAUGUCUUCAAGUGUUUUUGUUGGGCUGAUUUUUUGUUGAGCACGUCUGCAGUAAAUACAAAUCUCCGUACAAUUUUAUCAGAACAUUGCAAAAUUGUGACUCAAGAACGGAUUUUUCAAAUCGAUUUGGUGUCUUUGGCAAAGGCAAAGGCAAAAAAACAAGCCAUAGUUUCAAUACUUCAAUGAAAAAAUGUUGUAAUAUGCAUUAUUAACAGGAUGGACACUAAAGUCAGAAAUUCGAGAUUUGAAUUUGAGAUUUUUUGACAAAAUGUCUGAAAUCUAUGCGUUUGAGAACUAACUUUUUAUUCUUAAAUAAUUUUUAAUCUUUUGCACAAUUUUCAAAUCAAUUGUACUCAAUUAGUUUUGAGCACUCAACUCAAUAUUUAAGCACAGACAGAUUAUUUAAGGUUCCUUUCACUAAAGGAGGUAUAAGACUAAGACAAACAAAUAAAUAAAGCCAAAUAUGCAGACUGACGUUUCUGCAAACAGAUGCAGGCAAACAAACAAAGCAGGUAAACUGUCAAAAAGUGCGAUUUUAUUUGUCAUUGUCUAAUAUUUACCUGCCUAACUUUACUUUCCGAAUAUAUGAAAAAUUGUUAAAAAAAAUUUUCUUUACGAAAAUUUCUCCGAAAAGCAAAACUUGAUUUUGCAUUGAAGGAAAUGUAAACAUGAAAUUAACUGAUAACUUGAUAAACCAACAUUGUUUUUUAAAAUUAAAUUUCAUAAUCCAAAAUAUUAAAUGGAAACUUGUUUUUUUUUUUCAAAUAAUAACUGUUGCCAUAUGUAAGCGUUCGUGGUAAAAAUUAUAAAAAACAAGCUCUUCCCGGCAAACUUCGUCUUGCCCUUUUUUAGUUUCCUGACGUUUCUUGCUUGUUUGCCUAUUCAGCCUCCUGUGAUCAAAAUUUGAUUUUACGUAACUUUUCUCAUACAAUCUGCAGAUUUUUCGGAAUCGGUUCCAGAGUGGCCAAAGUUGUAACUUUUUGGCGUAAGAACCUUCCUUGGACUUAUACGGACCCAACGCAACAAAGAGCACCUCGAUCCGACGUUCCGUGUUGAAUUGAUUCGCGUUCGAACAAAACCGUCGAAAUUUUUUAUAUAUAUAGAUAGAUAAUUUCAAUUUUUUGUCAUCCUUUCUUUCCACUUCUUACCCGAAAAAAAAACUUUAUGUUUGGCAAUUUUCAAAAUGAACCUUGAAAAAUUAUUUUUUAAGCUUUUAAAUAUUAGAUUUUUUUUUUGAAUUUCGAAAAGAGGGCGACAAAAAUUAAGAAAAUCAUUUGCAAUGGCCUAUUUUCGAUUUGCGCAAAACACAUUUUUGGCAAAAAAAAAUCAUCUUUUCUAGAGGCUCAACCAGACAUAUUUUUAUGUAUAGCUCAGCAUGUGCAAACAAAUGUUUGGCAGUGAUGCCAUUAUUUUUGAAACAUUAUUUUGUAAAAACAUUGAAAACACGUCUGACAAAAAAAAUGUGAAAUUGAUUUUUUAGUCGAAUCACAAUGUAAAAAAUUGCUGGAAUUGUGUUUUUAGGCAAAUCCUUUUCUGUGAUAAAAAGUGGAAUUCAAAAAAAAUAUUUUUUUAAAAGGUUUUCCCUAAGACUCCAAAAUGUUAAGAAAUUUGGUUCUCUAAGUAUAAAUUCCAGAGUAAAAGAUAUGUAUGGACAACUGUCAAAUCUGUACAGAAACUUGUAUGAAUAAUUCAAUGAUUCAAAGAUUAGUCUAAAUAAAAAAAAACAUGCAAAAUAAAAUAAAAUGCUGAUUUGUGGGGGAAAUUUUUGCGAGUGAAUGCAAUUUUUAUGAAGGUAAGAUAUUUUUAUGAUCUCAGAAAAAAUAUAUUUUUCUAUAGCCAGCUGCUAUAAUUUCACGUAUAUUGUGUAUGGACAAACUAAAGAUGCCAAAUCGACUUUUAAGUCAAUAAUGACAGUACUCACAAUUUUUCAGCCAAACAAAACCAAAUUAAAAACUCAAUAAAAAAAAUGUUCUUGGUAGAAUUGCUCAAAACAUAAAAAUAACAGAUUAUAAGGUGACAUUGAUGAAAUCAACAAAUUAGUAAAACAAAAAUAACAAAAAUCAUCGAAGACUGCAAACAUAAACCGAACUCAAAUUAACUAUCUAACAUCACAACACUUUACAACUUUUAUAAGAGCACUGUUUUAUUGGAUAACUCCAAACUAUAACACCGAAUUGAAUCUCAACCAACAACUCGUUUAAAUUACAAACUAGAGAGAAUACCAAGAUCUUCUUCCACUCGAAACAGUAGAGAAAAAAGUCUUAACAUAACUUUGUUUUGAUUUCGUAAAUUUUCGAAAAACAUCACAAUUUACUAGUCAAUAAAACUUGGGUGUAAAUUUAUGCUCCUCUUUUGUUUGCCAAAAGCUACCGCUGUACAUCGCUUCUCUUCUUUCCUCUUCUCAGACACUAUUGUAUAUUAGUAAUUGUAUAAUUGGUAAUUUAAAACGCGCUAAGAUUGUUGUUUAGUUAUCUCGCAAUGUGCAUCAGAAUGACUGUAUUAUAUUGUUAUAUCCAACACUGUGUAAUGGUUAUGUUUCAAUGUUUUCAAAGAAAAGUAAAACUGCUAAUGUUUUUAAACUUCGUUCGUCACUAUACAAGCUCAAGCUUAUCGAAUCUAUGCAUACGCUGGUACAGUUAAUGGUGUUAAAACAACAUAUAAAUUAUUAGGGCAACACACCUCAAUAGAGUUUAAGUAGGAAUCUUUUGACCCACAUACAAUAUACACAAAUAGCUACAAAAGCAAAUAAAAAAAAUCAACUGUUUAAUCGUUGAAUCUCUGACAAAACCCGAAAAUAACCAACUUUAAAUAAAACGCAACAUGAUUAAAUAACCCUCACUGUGUUAAAGGCAAAAACAACGUUGUACUCAGAAAAAUACGAAUAUCGAAUAAAUAGUCAAAUAAAUUCAACUGCAA